ACUAGUUAUAAUACGCAAUAGAGUCUUCAAAUAUAUAUAAUAGAGAAAAUUUUAGAAAAAAGAAAAAGAAAAAGCAAACGAGUCGUACGAGUGGAAUCGGAUUAUUCUGCGAGCCGGAAUCUACUGUACUACACAGCCCGCCGAGUCGCCGACGGUCGAAUUUCUGGCGACUGGAGCGAGUCGUCCAUUUCAAUUAGAGAGAGAGAGAGAGAGAGAGAGAGAGAGAAGUCGUGAGAUGGAAGUAGGCAGCAACAAAGGAGACAGCAUGGUGGAGUCCCCAACCCAUUCUCAGCAAACUAUAUCUGAUGAUGAUGAAAUAGACUACUCUGUGAAACCAGAAUUCUAUGAUCCCGAUCUUGAUGAUAAAGAUGAAGUAUGGGUUCAAAAGAGAAGAAAAGGUCGCAGCUCUGAUGCUGUUCUUAGCUGCCCAGCUUGCUUUACAACUCUGUGCCUAGAGUCUCAAAGGCAUGAAAAGUAUGUCACCCAGUACAGGGCUGUAUUUGUGAUGAACUGCAAGGUUAAUAGUGACCAAGUAUUCGCAGAGAAACAUCCCAAACCGAGAAAAGGCAAAAGAGGGAGGACAUCUGGUGAGAGUGAAUCAGGCUUUUCCGGGUCUGAAACAUUGCAUGAAGUAAGCUGCUCUGCUUGCUCUACAGAGGUUGGCAUCAUUGAUCAAGAUGAGGUUUAUCAUUUCUUCAAUGUUCUUCCAAGUGAGUCUUGACAUGUCUAGUUUCAUUACAUGUGGCAUGAAAUGGGUUGCGUGGUUACAGAUCCAUUACAUCUGGCUGUCCUGAAUUUUCUUGUUACAAAAAUUUACUGUAUUCAUUAGUAAUCUUUUCACUGAAAUUUCAAAGCAAAAGCCUGUAACAGCUCGCAAGUCUCAAGCUUUCUAGAUUUCAAAAGACUUUUGCUCUUUUUCUUCUUGUUGCAAGUUGGGUGUAUCCUUCUGGAUACUUCAGGUAUUUGGGUUGUGCCUGCACUUACAAUUAAUUGUAUUACUUAUAAAAAAUAAAAUAAAAAACUAUCGGGUGCCUCUCUGUGUGGCUAACUGUUAUGAUCCUUA